UUCUAUAGUCUUGUUUUAUUUUUAACAGUGAAUUUUCACUAACUCAAAUACAGACUUUAUUUUUAAAAGAUACAGCGCCAUUUUAAGUCAGUGCUUUGUUUUUUAUCUCUUUAAAUUUUCAAAAACCUUAUUUCAUACCUUCUUGUUACACUCUGGUUUGUUGUCCUGGUUUGUUUAACACUCCUCAACUUUGGCUUCUGCAACAGUAUCUGCUAACAGUGUGUUUGGUCUUUGUUUAUAGAAACAGAGGCAGAUAUCACUUAGAGACAGAAGUGGUUCCUGGAUUUUUGUAGCAUUUGAGUUGAAAUUCAGUUGGCACCACUUAGGGACUCAGAGAUACAGCAGUUACUAUUUGUCAGGCACUCACUGUGUUCAGUAUUUUAUGUGCAUUACCUUAUUUAAACAUUACACCACUAUUUGAGGAAGGAGCUUUGCCCCCAUUUUGUAGACUUGGAAAUUGAGGCUUAGAAAAGCUCAGAACUUAUCCAAGGUGUGAGGCUGAACGUCAAGCCCAGGCCAUUGGGAAUCCAGGGUACAUUUUAAAUGUUGAUAAUUCUGGCCAAACCCUCUUCUGAAAAGGGAGUGAGCAUUUCCCCUCAUCUUGGAGAACGGUGUGGUAAAAUUCACAGACUCUGGUGAGGCUGAGAGUUUUUCCAUCAGUUUCUGUGGGACACUCGCUUACCCCCCACACCAUGCCCCGAGAGAAUUAACGACCACCCUGUGUUUCUUCCUCAGGUUUGCCUGCAAUGAGAGCGCCUUCUCUGCAUCUCAAGGACACCGCUUCUGAGCUGCUGUAACUUUGGGAUGAUACUGUGUAUUUCCAUCUAAUGGAAGAUUAGCUGGGUCUGGAAUACGGAUCGCUGCCCUGGACGACUUGAGACUCUUGCUCACAAUGUCAUCGAACCGGAGCCAGAACCCCCAUGGGCUGAAACAGAUUGGUCUGGAUCAGAUCUGGGACGACCUCCGAGCUGGCAUCCAGCAGGUCUACACCAGGCAGAGUAUGGCCAAGUCCAGGUACAUGGAGCUCUACACCCACGUGUACAACUACUGUACGAGCGUGCACCAGUCAAACCAGGCUAGGGGGGCCGGCGUCCCUCCCUCCAAGUCGAAGAAGGGACAGACGCCUGGAGGAGCCCAGUUUGUUGGCUUGGAACUGUACAAACGGCUUAAGGAGUUUUUGAAGAAUUACUUGACAAAUCUUCUUAAGGAUGGAGAAGACUUGAUGGAUGAGAGCGUCCUCAAGUUCUACACUCAGCAGUGGGAAGACUAUCGAUUUUCUAGCAAAGUGCUGAAUGGGAUCUGCGCCUACCUCAACCGACACUGGGUCCGCCGUGAGUGUGACGAAGGACGGAAAGGAAUCUAUGAGAUCUAUUCACUUGCGUUGGUGACUUGGAGAGACUGUCUCUUCAGGCCGUUGAAUAAACAGGUAACAAAUGCUGUUUUGAAACUGAUCGAGAAGGAAAGGAAUGGUGAAACCAUCAAUACCAGACUGAUCAGUGGAGUUGUACAGUCUUAUGUGGAAUUGGGACUGAAUGAAGAUGACGCAUUCGCAAAGGGCCCUACGCUAACCGUGUAUAAGGAGUCCUUUGAAUCUCAGUUUCUGGCUGACACAGAGCGAUUUUACACGAGAGAGAGUACUGAAUUCUUGCAGCAGAACCCCGUUACAGAAUAUAUGAAAAAGGCUGAGGCUCGACUGCUGGAGGAGCAACGCCGCGUUCAGGUGUACCUGCACGAGAGCACGCAGGAUGAGCUGGCACGCAAGUGUGAGCAGGUGCUCAUUGAGAAGCACCUGGAGAUCUUCCACACAGAGUUCCAGAACCUGCUGGAUGCCGACAAGAAUGAAGAUCUGGGCCGCAUGUACAACCUCGUGUCCAGGAUCCAGGACGGCCUGGGGGAGCUGAAGAAGCUCCUGGAGACACACAUCCACAACCAGGGUCUCGCUGCGAUUGAGAAGUGUGGAGAAGCCGCGUUAAACGACCCCAAAAUGUAUGUGCAGACCGUUCUGGAUGUGCACAAGAAGUACAACGCCCUGGUAAUGUCCGCCUUCAACAACGAUGCUGGCUUCGUGGCCGCGCUUGAUAAGGCCUGUGGCCGCUUCAUCAACAACAACGCGGUGACCAAGAUGGCACAGUCAUCCAGCAAGUCCCCAGAGCUGCUGGCGCGCUACUGCGACUCUUUGCUGAAGAAAAGCUCCAAGAACCCAGAAGAGGCAGAGCUGGAAGACACGCUGAACCAAGUGAUGGUCGUCUUCAAGUACAUCGAGGACAAGGACGUCUUCCAGAAGUUCUAUGCAAAGAUGCUGGCCAAGCGCCUGGUGCACCAGAACAGCGCGAGCGACGACGCCGAGGCUAGCAUGAUCUCCAAGCUGAAGCAAGCCUGUGGCUUUGAGUACACCUCCAAGCUCCAGCGCAUGUUCCAGGACAUCGGCGUGAGCAAGGACCUGAACGAGCAGUUCAAGAAGCACCUGACCAACUCAGAGCCCCUCGACUUGGACUUCAGCAUCCAGGUCCUGAGCUCCGGGUCCUGGCCCUUCCAGCAGUCCUGCACCUUCGCGCUGCCCUCGGAGCUGGAGCGGAGUUACCAGCGGUUCACAGCCUUCUACGCCAGCCGGCACAGUGGCAGAAAGUUGACAUGGCUAUAUCAGCUGUCCAAAGGGGAAUUGGUAACCAACUGUUUCAAGAACAGAUACACCUUGCAGGCAUCAACGUUCCAGAUGGCAAUCCUGCUGCAGUACAACACAGAGGAUGCCUACACCGUCCAGCAGCUGACCGACAGCACGCAGAUCAAAAUGGACAUUCUGGCACAAGUCCUACAGAUUUUAUUGAAGUCAAAGUUAUUGGUCUUGGAGGACGAAAAUGCGAAUGUUGAUGAGGUGGAACUGAAGCCAGACACCUUAAUAAAAUUAUAUCUUGGUUAUAAAAAUAAGAAAUUAAGGGUUAACAUCAACGUGCCGAUGAAAACCGAACAGAAGCAAGAACAAGAAACCACACACAAAAAUAUCGAGGAAGACCGCAAACUGCUGAUUCAGGCGGCCAUCGUGAGAAUCAUGAAGAUGAGGAAGGUCCUGAAGCACCAGCAGCUGCUCGGGGAGGUGCUGACGCAGCUGUCGUCGCGUUUCAAGCCGCGGGUCCCUGUCAUCAAGAAAUGCAUUGAUAUUCUGAUUGAGAAAGAAUAUUUGGAGCGAGUGGACGGUGAAAAGGACACCUACAGCUACCUGGCUUAGCCUUCUGGAAGGGUGUGGCCCGCGUGACCACGCCGCUCGAGGGAGGACGGCGCCGACUCCGCUCUGGCCGCCGCCUCAGCCGAGACCGAGACCGCAGGGCAGCCUCAGGCCCACCGAACCGCUCAGGACUGACACUUCUGUCUGUGCUUACGGACGCGACGCCAUUUAACCUAAUUUAAGGACCGAGGGGACAGGCCUCCGCUGAGGCUGCAUGCGUCACAUCAGCACACGCUGCCGUUCUCGCCGCCGGAGGGCAGGUCCGCGGCCACACGCCGCCGCCGUGGAGACAUUUGUACAGUGUGCUUCAUUUUUUAAUGUGUGAGAAUAAAGAGAAUUAAAGGAUUUCUGUACAAGUCGCAUUUGGUUUUGUUUUAAGUUUUACUAAUUUCUAUAUGUAAAUAAAAGAUA